AUGGAGCUCUUUCCCUUUGAUGUUUCACCUGAAAGCCCCUCAGAUUCCUACCAUCCCCCGUCGACCAAUCACAGAGCCAGCUUUAACGGCACCUGGGAGCCCGAUGGCGUCCCUUUCUUCGUCAUUCAGGGCCUCACCGGCCUCGGGGAGAAGAAACUUAUUGUUUUUGUCACAAUGCUUCUGGGUUACAUCGUCAUCCUGGGAGGAAACAGCAUGAUCAUCUUCGUGGCGUCGACUGAUCCGAAGCUCCACUCUCCGAUGUAUUUCUUCCUCUACCACCUCUCCUUCGUGGACAUCGUCUACACCACCACCACCAUCCCCAAGAUGCUCUCCGGCUUCCUGACCGAGGUGAACACCAUCUCCUUCCCGGGCUGCUUCCUCCAGCUGUUCUUCGUCAUCCAGCUGGGAAUCACCAGCCGCUCCAUCCUGACCGUCAUGGCGUACGACCGCUACGUGGCCAUCUGCCACCCGCUGCGCUACACCGCCAUCAUGACUCGGACCGUCCGGCUGCUCCUCGUCGCCGGAGCCUGGAGCUUCGGCGCGGUCUGCAUCGUGCCGCCCAUCGUCCUGGCGUUGCCGCGGUCCUACUGCCGCUCGAACGUGGUGACGCACGGCUGGUGCGACCCGUCGUCUGUGCGCCGGCUGGUGUGCGGGGACACUUCCCUUGAGAGCGCGUUGUCACUGACCUCCGCCAUAGUGUCGCUGCUGACCACCGGAGUCCUCAUCCUCGCGUCCUACGUCCUGAUUGGUGUUUCCAUAUCGAGGAUGGGGGUCGCUCAGAGGCUGAAGGCCUUCGGGACGUGUGCCGCCCACCUGACCGUGGUGUCCAUCUCCUACAGCUCGGCCUCGUUCGUUUACAUCUCCUACCGGGUGGGCAACUUCUCAUCGGAGGUUCGCAUCAUCGUGUCCGUGCUGUACGCCGCUCUGACUCCUUUCCUGAACCCGAUGAUCUACAGUCUGAGGAACAAGGAGCUCCGAGAGUCCAUCAGGAGGACGCUGGGCCGGUUCAGACCUUCUGCUGUGUCACCCCGAAAAGACGUCAACACUGGGUCCUGA